AUGAACUUCUUCGCCUUUGCCGUCUUCGCCCUCAGCAUGGCCCUCGGAGCUCAGGCCGGGUGCCUUAAGCCUGAUGACAAUACCUGCAACCUCAAGGAUAGGACCUGCUGCGACCCCGCCAAUUACUACUGCCUCAUGCAGCCUGGGUGGGAGGCGGGCGUCUGCACCAAGAAAUAG